AUGGUAAUAUCCGACCCCAAAUACGACAUCCCCCGCAACUUCGAAGGCUACGGCGAACACUCCCUCCACCCCCACUGGCCCUCCAACGCCAAGCUAGCCCUCUCCUUCAUCCUCAACUACGAAGAAGGCGGCGAACGCUCCACGCUCUCCGGCGACGGCCAAUCGGAGCCGUACCUCUGGGAAAAAGGCGCCUCAUCCUCCUACGUCCCCUCUGGUCGUCACAACGGCGCGGAAUCCGAAUUCGAGUACGGUUCGCGCGCCGGGUCCUGGCGCAUCUUACGGCUCUUCAAAGAACAGGGUUAUAAAUUCACGACGUGGGCCGUGAGCCAGGCUAUCACGUCGAACCCGACUUUUGCCCGCGCGUUGGUGAGGGAGGGCCACGAGAUUGCGGCGCAUGGGGCGAGGUGGCUUGAUAUUCUGGAUUAUAGUGUUGAAGAGGAGAAAGAGUAUAUCAAGAAGAAUUGUCUCGAGUUGGAGGCUGUGACGGGGGUGUUUCCCAGGGGGUAUUUCUUUGGGAGGGGUACGCCGAAUACGCGGGCGUUGUGGCCGGAGGUUGUGAAGGAGAUUGGGGAGGAUAGGGGGGAUGGGAUGAGGUUGUUGUAUAGUAGUGAGGCGUUUAAUGAUGAUGUGCCGUAUUGGCUUGAUAUGCCUUGGGAGAGGGAUUUGCCGGAGGCGGAGAAGGAGGGGUUGUUGGUUGUGCCGUAUAAUUAUGAUUGCAAUGAUGGAAAGUUUCAUAUGUCUCCUGGAUUCACGGGGACAACGUAUCUUGACCAUCUGAAAGCUACAUUCGACAUGCUUCUUCGUGAGGGUCGUGGGACUGACGCUUUCCCUGGCUCGCCGAAACUUAUGAAUAUUCCACUUCAUACCCGCAUAAUUGGUAAACCGGGAAGAAGUGAGGCGCUGAGGGAGUUCAUGUUGUAUGUCAAGGAGAAGGGUGGAGAUGAUGUAUGGGUUGCUACGAGGGAGGAGAUUGCGACGCAUUUUAAGAGUGUGUAUCCGUAUAAGCCUGGUGAGUUGGGUGGUGGUAUUAAGGGUGGAUUGGAUUGA